GAUGGAUCUGGUGAGUGACGUAACAAACACAAUAAUAACACAGUAGCUGCCUGUGGGAUCACAACAAAACAUACACAAGAAUACAUACUGUAAUAACUUUACUUUUUCGACAUUCCCUGUCUGCUGUAAAUGCUUCAUGCUUUCUUUCAUAAUCUGUUUAUAGCCUAUGCCUCCUAGAUCAGUACAGUAUCUUGGUCAUUCUAUCUCUGAUGGUUGGGGAUUUUACAAGGCUCACAUUAAUUAAUACUUUGAGGAAGUAGCCAGGGCAAAACAGGAACCCCAGUAUUGCGACCUCUCUGAGGCCAAGACUAACAGAUAUAGACAUACACAUUCUGGGCAAUCUGAACAGGGGAAAGGCUAAGAGCGACACUCAUACACUGUUUGGGAAAUUCGACGAAAUCCUUCCAAUACUGAUACAGGUAUUCCUAUCUCAAGUGACCACAGAGAAAUAGAAACAGAGGGGAAAAACGAAACUUUUGGUGUCUCUUCAAAAUGUGCUUCUGGAUGGUGGGAGUUCUGUGUGUGCUGAUGUGUUUGGGAAAURAUCAGGCUCAAGAAGCCAACCCAGCCAUCUCAAUGCCGGACAGAAUCAGAGUGGCUCUGGCAGGAGAAACGGUCCAUUACAAACUCAGAGUGACCAUCCCAAUGAAUCAGAGCUCCAGCGACUUAGUCUGCUCUGGGCCUCCAGACCAAAAGAAGAUAAAAGAAUGGAAUAUUCUCUUUUCUCCUGAAACAAAAACAAGCAUAUUUAAUUGGGAAAUAACAGCAUAUAACAGUMCGUACUCAGGAGAGUAUAACUGUAAGUAUAAAAAUGUGGAGAUCUUCUGGACCCUUCUGGUGAAAGACGAGGGGUACUGGCAGCCUUACUCUGGUUUCAGCCUUUUCAUCGUGUUGGGGGCUCUUACCACAGGCCUCCUCAUCUUCAGUGUGAUCGGCUCCAUAUAUGUGUUCAAAAGCCAAUGGGGUCAAUUUAUAUUGAAGAAUGGAAGUACCGGUAGUGGAGUAAGCAGAAGGAAUAGAGGGGAGAAUGAAGAGGAGGAGGAGAACAGUAAAACAUCAGUGAAUGCAGCUGCCUCUGCUUCAGUUUACGCUAGUCUAGAGUCUCCGCCAGCAUCUGUCUAUGAGGUCUUGACCCCAGGAGCAUCAGCAGCAGCAGUAAACCGUGAAUCUGUCCAGAGGAAAGUCAAAGUAAAGAGAAAGUCAAAGGAAUCGAUGGAGAAUGCAACGCCGCAAGGGGAAGGAAUAUUUGAAUGCGUCUAUGAGAAUUUCUGACCUACUGGCAUCUGCACUGUGUUUGGGAAUCUAUGUGCCUCUAUUUUCCUGCCUUUGCAAUCUCUUUUGUUCUUUUACACAGACCUAAAAUCACGUAUGUAUUUUACCCUGCAGCUUCGUGACUUCUGUUGAAAAUAAACUGCUGUGUCUCUGGUUGUUAUCAUCACG